AUGAAUGCAAAUACAAACUCUUCGACUGGUGGUGGCGCUUUGAAAUUUCUCUCAUCGGAAGCAAUGGUUGUAGCCUCUCCAUCUGCCUUCUUUUCUUCAUUUCAUCGACAAGAAACGAAUCAUUGUUGGAAAAGCAUUCAUUCCGAAUUGUAUAAAUUAUAUAGCUUGGUAGCCUCAUGUUUGGGUCCUUGUGGACAAUUCAAAUUAAUAGUAGAUCCAAAUCAGAAUCAACUCAUUACUAAAAACGGAAAUCAAUUGUUGGAAUUUAUGAAAAUUAAUACUCCAAUUAUGAAAUAUUUAGUUUCAUUAUUUCAAAAUGCUUGUACUGAAUAUAUGGACGGAACCAUAUCAUGUAUUAUUCUUUCCUAUGAAUUGUUGGAUUUGAUCAUGAAUGAAUAUUCUUCAAAAUUUCAACACGUUCAUCAUUUGUGUUCGGAUUUGUACAGUUUUGGAGAAUACUUUUUGAAUCAUACUAGUAUGAUUAAUCAUAAUAAUAACAAUAAUGCGAAUAAUCACAACAACAGUAAUAAUAACAAUACUAAUAAUAAUAAUGACAAUAAUAAUACUCAUGAUAUUUCUCGAGUGCAUGAAGAAUUGUGCAUUCCUAUCUAUUCCAACAAGAAAAAUCAAACAGAAUUGUUGAAAAUUAUAUUCAAGAGUUUAAUAUCGAAUCAGUUGAAUAACAAUCCAAUUCUUAGUAAUCUUGUAUUGAACUGGAUCCAUUUGGCAACCAAUAAUUUUACUCAAUUUGAAACUCUCUCACAAUAUAACCUGAGAAUUAUUAAGCAAAUUGGAAAAUUAGAGGAAAGUCGUUUACUGAGCAAUACCAUCAUUUUGGAAAACUUGAUGAAUAUAAAUAUUACAUUCCAAUCCAAACCAAACUUGUCAAUGAUUAACAAGUUUUGUAUAAUGAGUUUUGCUUGCUGGGAAGAACACAUGAACAACAUGUCAACACAAUUCUCUCAUGAAAUGACCAAAUUUGCUUCCAAGUUGGACUGUCACAUUCUCUUGUUAGUCGUCAAAAGUAAUAACACCAGAAAAGGAUCACCCCUCGAUCUUUCUCACUAUCCUCAUUUACGGAAAUUUAUUCAGAUUCUCAACCAGAGAAAUAUUCUAGUUUUUCAGUAUGAAAUGGAAGAUGCUCCACCCACAAGUUCAUCCUUCAUCCAGACGCGUUUGGAUGGAGGAAUCAAUACAUCAUCACUCUCCAUCUUGUAUCAUUUCAUGGAUUUGAGUGAUAUUAAUGGAAUUAUCACAAAUCUACAGGAAGAAGAGUUCAAUGACAAUUAUUCCUAUGGAUCUUGUAUUAAUAAUGUGAAAAUGAAUUUUAAAAGAGGAGGACAAUGCUGUGAUUUGAUUAUUGAAUUCAAUUCUCGUUCGAAAGAAGAGAAGGAAGAAAGCUCCUCAAGCGUUCGAAAUUCUUACUCUACCUUGAUCCUUAAAUCGUUAAACCAUGACAUUUUAGAACAAUUAGAAUAUCAGAUGAAUAAGUGCAUCCAUCAUUUAAUUUCAAUUAUCAAAAAUCAUUCCAAGACACCAAUUGACUCAAAAGACACCCUUCUUUUCCAAUGUGUGAUUGGUGGAGGAUGUUUUGAAACACAAUUUUCGAAACUCUUGGAAAACUAUCGACAUGAUAAUUCUGACAGAAAUGUUCUAUUGUCACAACACUUUCAUCAUCCCUCAGAAACUUUACAAUUAUUUUCAUGUGCUUUAUUGAGCAUUCCCAAACAAUUGCUGAGGAAUAUGAUUCCUUCUCAACAACUCAUUUCAUUUUCACAACAACAAAUACACAUGUUACUGAAAGAUUUGUCAAGUACUGGAACCUUGUGUGGGAUGGAAUGCAACAAGACAACAGCCACUUUCAAGUAUAUUCAGACACCUGCCACUGCUGGUGGUGACGAUGUAGCAUGCCUAAUUAAGGAAAUUCCAAAGAAAAAGUUGGAUGAGCUUUUUCAAGACAGUUCGCUGUCGCGGGAUGAGGAAUUUUCACAGCUCCCGUUGGAAGCUUGGAAUGUGAAAAAACAAAUCCUUCUCUCAGCGAUCAACAUUGUGGUGAACAUUUUACGAUUGGAUGGCAUGAUCUUGGAUUAA